AAAAGCAAGCCGCGCCAAAUUAUGCCUUCGGCCACAUUUGUCCUGGAGCAUUUGAUGGCGGCACAAGUGCGUCUGAACGAGCAAGCCGCAUCUCCCGAAGAGGUCAAAACCAGCACUACAACCACCUCAACCACCGUGGCUAAAACCAUUAAAGUCAAGUCGUAUGAGAAGAAACUGUUGCUGGCUCUCAAAAAAAUUGUGCAAUAAUAAACAACACUCUAUUUGACAACUUUAUAGACAUUUCACCUUAAUCGAGCUGACUAAGAUCAAUAAAAAAAAAAGAAGGCAAAACAGCAAAAACAAAACAAACAGCGGCAAGAAAAAACAAGAAUUCUAGUUUUUGUGUGUUUCGGUGUGUGUGCAUGUGGGCAAGUUGUUACAUAAAAACAAAAAGUAAUAUAAAAAGCCCAACCAAGACGCAUUUUUCCGCAGUGGAAUACUACCCAUUUAAGCCGUUUUUUUUUUUUUGGUUUGGAGUGUGAGAAAACGAGAGUGAAGAAAAUGCUGUUCAACAAAUGCCUGGAAAAGUUGUCCAGCUCGCUGGGCAAUGUGGUCAAUCACAAGCUACAAGAGAAACAAGUCUACAACAAUAAUAAUAAUAAUAAUAAUAAUAAUAAUAACAACAAUACUAUUAGUAUAAACAACAAUGCUUAUAAUAAGCAGCGAAACUUUGAGUACGAAAGGGCUAUUCAGGCGCACUACGGAAGUAAGGGAAGGCGAUCGGAGGAGCGUGAAAGGAGCGGCAAGUUCAAGGUCGGCAAGAGUCUGAAGUCGAAGGUUACGCCACCGGAGACCCCUGAAGUUGUCCCGGAGUCGGCCUGCAAGAAGUGCAUGACCCACGAUGAGCUGGCACAGAUCAUCAAAGGCGUCGCAGCCAAGAGAACGGGCCAAAGUUCCCAGGAAAAUCGCCUCCAGCGACGACGUCGUCCCCUGUCCGCCCAACCAUCUGCCAAUGCCUCCGCCUCCACGUCCACGGAAUCCCUGCACCGCCUCACUCCCAGCCCCCAGGCCACCGCCUAUGCCUCAUACCCGGCCACGCCCACCUCCUGGACGGCCACCCCGCCCCAAUUCCCAGCCGCCUUCGGCGGAGCCAGCUGCUCUAACAGCACUCUAUCGCUUUUGGCCACCAUGCGCGUUCAGCUCUAUGGUUACACAUGGUUUCAUGGCAAUCUUUCCGGCAAGGAAGCGGAAAAAUUGAUCCUGGAGCGAGGCAAGAAUGGUUCCUUUCUCGUCCGUGAAUCUCAGAGCAAGCCCGGCGAUUUCGUCCUCUCCGUGCGGACGGACGACAAAGUAACGCAUGUCAUGAUUCGAUGGCAGGACAAGAAGUACGAUGUAGGCGGCGGCGAAUCAUUUGCCACCCUGUCGGAACUGAUCGAUCACUACAAGCGUAAUCCCAUGGUGGAGACGUGUGGAACGGUGGUGCAUCUGCGGCAGCCCUUCAAUGCCACACGAAUCACGGCGGCCGGAAUCAAUGCCCGGGUGGAACAGCUGGUCAAGGGAGGCUUCUGGGAGGAGUUCGAAUCGCUGCAGCAGGACAGUCGUGAUACCUUUUCGCGCAACGAGGGCUACAAGCAGGAGAACCGCCUUAAGAACCGCUACCGGAACAUAUUGCCCUACGACCACACGCGCGUCAAGCUGCUGGACGUGGAGCACAACGUGCCCGGGGCGGAGUACAUCAAUGCCAACUACAUACGCCUGCCCACCGACGGCGACCUGUACAACAUGAGCAGCUCGUCGGAGAGCCUGAACAGCUCGGUGCCCUCGUGCCCCGCCUGCACGGCGGCCCAGACGCAACGGAACUGCUCCAACUGCCAGCUGCUGAACAAGACGUGUGUCCAGUGUGCCGUAAAGAGCGCCACGCUUCCAUACAGCAAUUGUGCCACCUGCAGCCGCAAGUCAGACUCGCUGAGCAAGCACAAGCGCAGCGAGUCCUCGGCCUCGUCCUCGCCCUCCUCCGGCUCCUCUGGAUCCUCGGGAGCCAGCGUCAAUGGACCCGGCACACCCACCAAUCUCACGGGCAGCACAGCCAGCUGUCUGGCCGGAUUGCUGAAGAAGCACUCGAGCGACUCGUCAUCCUAUGGAUCGGGUUCCGGAUCGGGUGCUGGUUUCAUGUCGAUGGCAGAACGGGAGCGGGAAAGGGAACGCGAGAUGUUCAAGACGUACAUAGCCACCCAGGGCUGCCUGCUCACACCGCAGGUGAACACGGUGACGGACUUCUGGAAUAUGGUGUGGCAGGAGAACACGCGGGUGAUUGUCAUGACCACCAAGGAGUACGAGCGGCUCAAGGAGAAGUGCGCCCGCUACUGGCCGGACGAGGGCAGAACUGAGCAGUUCGGCCAUGCGCGGAUACAGUGCGUCUCGGAGAACUCGACGAGUGAUUACACACUGCGCGAGUUUCUUGUCUCGUGGCGGGAGCAGCCGGCGCGACGGAUCUACCACUACCACUUCCAGGUGUGGCCGGAUCACGGAGUGCCCGCCGAUCCUGGCUGUGUGCUCAAUUUCCUGCAGGACGUCAACACGCGACAGAGUCACCUGGCCCAGGCGGGCGAGAAACCGGGUCCCAUAUGCGUACACUGCUCGGCGGGCAUCGGACGCACUGGCACUUUUAUAGUGAUCGACAUGAUCCUCGAUCAGAUUGUCCGCAAUGGAUUGGAUACCGAAAUCGACAUUCAGCGCACCAUCCAGAUGGUCCGAUCGCAGCGUUCCGGUCUCGUGCAAACGGAGGCGCAGUACAAGUUCGUUUACUAUGCGGUGCAGCACUACAUCCAGACCCUGAUCGCCCGCAAGCGUGCCGAGGAGCAGAGCCUGCAGGUUGGCCGGGAGUACACCAAUAUAAAGUACACGGGCGAAAUUGGCAACGAUUCACAAAGAUCUCCAUUACCACCAGCAAUUUCUAGCAUAAGUUUAGUACCUAGUAAGACGCCAUUAACGCCGCCGUCAACGGAUUCGGGCAUUGGGAUGGGCCUGGGCAUGGUCGUGGGCAUGGGGAUGGGCAUGGGAGUUGGCAACAAGCAUGCUUCGAAGCAGCAGCCGCCAUUGCCGGUGGUUAGUUGCAGCAGCAAUAACAAUAACAAUGGCAGCAAUAGCUGCAGCAACGGCAGCAGCAUCAGCAGCAAUAGCUUCAGCAACAGCAGCAGCAGCAACAGUAGCAGCAACGGCAGCAGCAGCAACGGCAACAUCAAUGCCCUGCAAGGCGGCGGUAUCGGCUUGGGGCUGCGCAAGUCGAACUUUUACAGCGACUCGCUGAAGCAGCAACAGCAACAGCAGCAGCAGCAGCAGCAGCAACAACUGCAGCAACAACAGCAGCGGGAGGAGCAGGCGACUGCUCCGGCGGGAGCAGGUAAGAUGCAGCAGCCGGCGCCGCCGUUGCGACCGCGUCCUGGCAUACUCAAGUUGCUCACCAGUCCCGUCAUCUUUCAGCAAAAUACAAAAACAUUCCCAAAGACAUGACCGGCCUGCGAGCGCCGAGCCAUGCGCCUGCGUUGCCGCCGCCGCCGACACCGCCGCGCAAAACAUGACAAAUGAAUUUCUAAGUCGCGACGCCCCUUGACACGCUCCCCCCCCCUCGCCCCUCGCCCCCUUGACACCCCGAAACCGCCCCACACGCACACAGACCACAAGUGGAUUUCAUUUUUAAAGUCACCCUGCUGCCCCAAAAAAAAACCCUUUAUACCCUUGACUAUGUUUUACUGUUGUACCAAGUUCUACGUUUUAUCAUAUAUUUUUUUUUUUUGUAAUUUUGUAAUUGUAAUCUAUAUACUUUUUGUAAUUGUAAUUGUGUAAUGCUUAGUUGUAUGUUAUUGUCUCGCUUUAUGUUGUAAGUGUUCCCUGCACACGCAAAGCAGCAACCCCACCACCCCAAAAAAAAGAAACCCCACACCCCAAGCAUAUUUAUGUAGUAGUUUUUUAAGAGUCCCCCAACCGGAAGUUAAAGAUACAAUCUGGGCGGAACUGCAGCAGAUCCGCCAAAAAAAGAAAAAAACAUUUUUAAGCAGAAUCGCAAAAAUUAUUUGGUUCCGUUUCCGGUUCCAUAGCAAUUGAAUUUGGCGGAAUCAGAAAACAAUUUUAAUGGGUUUGCGCUGGUUUUAAACCGCCAAAGAUUGCCACUUUCGAAUUUUAAGAACUUAAAUCUAUAGUUUUUCUUUUUUUUUUAAAUAACUUAGUUUCCAAUUUAAGAACCAAAAAUGUUGAGUUAGAAAACCAUUAGAAACCAUUUGAAUUUCUUUGUUAGAAGAAAUCAUUAAUUUAAACUUAUAAUUUCAAAGUUAGAAAACUUUGAUUUCCAAGAAAAAACAAAAUAUUAAGUCUAAAUCCGACAAAUUCAAUUUGAAACGGAAACGGAAACGGGUAACCGGUUGGAGUGCAAAUCAAGUUUUUAGUGUUGUAAGUGUUGACAAAAUCGAAAGAAGAGGAGUUAGAGGAGUAACUAAAGCAGUAAGCACGUAACGAUAAUGAUACAAAAAAGCGUUGAUUGUGAUUCGAGUGACAGCGAGAUAAGAACAGAAACAGAAACAGUAACAGAAGCGGAUGAGAACAGUGACAAACGAGAUCAGAAUGAGAUCAGAACAGAACAUCAGAGACGCCAAUCGAACAGAUGAGAACAGAUUAGAAGUAAAAUGAAAAAAAAAAAGCUAAGAAGCGCUUGAGCGUGUCGUCCCUAGGAUAAGAUAACUAAGAUUACAGUUCGACAGAUCCAGAUCCAGAUAGAGAUCGAGAUCUACCAUAUAUCUCUAGCAGCCAAUCUCUGAUUUCCCCUUCCCUCGAUUUUCCCCUUUAAUUUAGUGAUUGUAUGUGUAUGCUCUUAAUUGUAUAUUGAUGAUUAUUUAUAAAAAAUUUGCCCAUUGUGUUACAUUUGAAAUGAUCGAAGAGAAUUGUAUUUAGAAUUUUAUAACUUUAGAAAUUAUACAUUAAUUGUGUGUCUGUGUCUCUCUAUUCCUUUCUCUCUACCCCAGUCUCAGUCUCCCCUUCUCUGUCUCUCUCUCUAACUCUCUCUGUGUAUGCACGAGUGUUUUCUUUUUUGACUAAGUUUAUUAUUUCUAACGCUGAAGCGUAAUCAAACUAUAUAUGCAAUAUUUAAGCACAGUACCUUGGGCGCUGCAAAACAACAAAAAAAUAAAUAAAUAUAAAUCCAUCAGCUAAAUCAAAAAUAUACAAUAUACAGGAAGGAGUAACUCAAUAUCAGCAGCUGCAAAUUUAAAACCAUUUAGAUUGUUGUGCAAAUCUAAGUAAUACCUAUAUUUAAAAUACACUAUUAUUUUAUCUUAUUUUACCUUAUGCUUUUGUAAGUGCUUUAAAUUGUUAUUCAUCUUGAUCUUGCAAAAAAAAAAAAAAAAAAAACAAAACAAAACUGAAAAACGAAUACAAAACUAAAAAACAACACAAAUUAUAUUUGUAUUUAUACAUAAAAAAUAAAACAUUUUACAUGCGAUACACGAAAAGAAGCACAUUAUAUUUUAUUUUAUUUGCAUGUUUGUUGAACGCUUUAGCAUUUUUGGUUCUCAACUUGCGUUAUAUUACAAUAGAUCCUCAACGAACUGAAAACAAUAAACCCAACACUUAGGAACUUAGCCUUAUAUAUCGAAUUGCCUCGACCAAGACGGAAAAUUGAAUCACAGAAGGCAGAUGUGGGAGUCGUCGUGUCCCGUGUCCCGAAAAAUAAGUAAUCAUGUGUUCGCCCCCCACCACCCACUCGAAUCUGAACCAACCCCUGACCUUCCACGAUCCACCCACCAUCUGAGCACUAGCGGGUGACCCCGACCCAGACGACGAUUGUGUAUGUAAGUGCGUGAUCUAGUACUUUAUAUAGUUAGCCUAUAAUACGAUAAUUCAAAUGGAAUAUGUCGAAGCUUGGCUUUGACUGGGCGGCAACAUAGUGGCCCCCAAAAACGAAGGUGAAUCUGUAUGUGAGUCCCGCUGGGGAUACGACUUGUUUUGAUCUUGAAAUGGGGGACAUUUCAAAAACACACCACCACUAUUCUCGUGUUGAAUUUUUCUAUAGCAUGUAGACAGAGGUGGAAAUCGGAAAUCGAAUUUGGAUAUGGACAAUGGAGCGAGAGCAGGAGCAGCCAGCGGAGGGAGAGAAGAAUGCCAAAGCACAAAGCCAACACGCAACAAAACACCAAUAGGCCUCAUCGAAGACAUCUGACCACAAUACAUUUAAAACAACGAUGUUAAGAUCAAUAAGAAUGAACUGAAAUCAAAAUAUCGACGUGACUAUUCAAGAGGGAUUCAAGGAGAACCAAACACCAAGAAAAAAAAAAAAAAAAACAAAAUACCAAGAGCAAAGAAACGCUUUAAACUUAAUUAAUUCUAAAUAUGUAUCUAGGCGAUAUAGAAAUGUAAACCAUACACCAAAUAACCAUAGUAGAAGGAAAACACCAAGAAACAA